GGGUGAUGAGGGGUGACAUAGGGGAUAUGAGGGUUUAUGAGGGGUGACAUAGGAGUGAUGAGGGGUGACAUAGGGGUGAUGAGAGGCGACAUAUGGGUGAUGAGCGGUGACACAGGGGCGAUGAGGGGUGACAUAGGGUGAUGGGAGGUGACAUAGGUGCGAUGAGUGGUGACAUAGAAGUGAUGAGAGGUGACAUAGGGGUGAUGAGAGGUGACAUAGGGGUGAUGAGUGGUGACAUAUGGACAAUGAAAGGUUACAUUGGGGUGAUGAAUGGUGACAUGGGGCAAUGAGCGGUGACAUAGCGGUGAUUAGCGGUGACAUGGG